GUUAAGCCGGCCAUGGUGAGAGGUGUCUACAUCAUUACAAACUCCUGCCUUCGUGUUUCAGAGCUACUGCCCCUGCUGAAGCACGCAGCAUAGUUUCUCCGCAGACUGGGGACUCAAUCCAGCCAGAGAGGUCUCAACACCAGAGAACAGUGUCAGAAAAUAAAGUAGAGUCCGCAAUGGGUACGAGGUGAACCCCGGAGAAAACAGGACGCUCGCUUAAUUCGCGUUGUGAACAAUAUGCAGGAGAAACACGACAGUGUAGGUUGCAACGCUCCGCUGCGACAGUGAUUUUUAAUAACAUUAAAAACGUUCAUGGUCGGAACCACCUGAAUACCUGCAGUGUUUCGCAGCAAGUUAACGUUAGCCUCGGCUCGGUGCAGACAGCGGUGACAUUGAGGCACAGGGGGGGACAGAGACACUACAACACGGGGCAGGAGAAAGUUUCUGGAGCUUGGCGCAGACACAGCGGUUAAACAAUGCGGCUGACCCCAACAAAAUCUCUUUUAUCGGCAGCCCUGCUAAUCCUGCUGGUGGUCCGCUGGUCCGACAGCAUUUCCUUGUCUUCUGAAGAGGCGAAUCGGUUUCUGAGCAGACACAGGAGAGCAUAUCAAGUUUUCGAGGAGACGAAGCAAGGACACUUGGAAAGGGAAUGUGUGGAGGAAAGGUGCACCAAAGAGGAAGCCAGAGAAGUGUUUGAAAACGACCCAGAGACGGACUACUUCUAUCCCAAGUAUUUAGCCUGUGUGGACAAGUUUGGAGAUUCAGAAAAGAAGAAACAGGAUCUGGUCACGUGUGUCCACAAUAUUCCAGACCAGUGCUCUUCCUCUCCCUGUAGUCCCACCGGUACGGUGCGCUGUGAAGACAAAAAGGCCAACUUCCUCUGUCACUGUUUUACAGGCUGGGCAGGAGUAAGAUGCGAGAAAGAUGUCGACGAGUGCAGCAAAGGAAAUGGAGGGUGUGACCAUGUGUGCAACAACACUAUGGGCAGUUACCGCUGCUCCUGUCACCAAGGCUACAUGUUGGUAGAUCGCCGCUCGUGUAAUGAUGUGGAUGAGUGUGAGGACCCUGAUGUGUGUGGAACAGCACGGUGUGAGAAUACGGAGGGCGGCUAUGACUGCUUGUGUGAUACUGGCUAUGUCUACGACAAUGAAUCAAAGAGCUGUGUAGAUAUGGAUGAGUGUGAGGCAAAUGUGUGUGAACAGGAAUGUCUGAACACGCCAGGCAGUUUCCGUUGCUUCUGUGAUGGUCGUCAGAGCACGAAGCUGGGCCAGGACCUCAGGAGCUGUAAGCCCAUAACUUCCUGUAUGUCAGAGUCUCUGAAGAGGAACUCUCGUUCUCUUUACCUGGGGCGCAUGUUCAGCGGCGUGCCAGUGGUGAGGCUGCGUUUCCGAAGGAGAAUUCACACUGGCUUUUCAGCUGAAUUCGACUUCCGCUCCUAUGAUUCUGAGGGGGUGAUCUUCUUUGCCGGAGGUCACCUAAACAGUUCCUGGAUUGUGCUGGCAAUGCACCACGGAAAGCUAGAGCUGCAGUUGAAGUACGGCACGGUUAGCAGGGUCACCAGCAGCGGACCGAUCGUCAAUGACGGCCAGUGGAGAAAGAUCUCAGUAGAGGAGCAGGGGCGGAGCCUUGUGAUUAAGAUUGACAGGGAAGCCGUCAUGAAGAUUGCAGUAAAUGGUGAUCUGUUUACACUACACAAGGGAAUGCAUGAACUCAACCUCACUGUGGGAGGAGUCCCUUUCAGAGAGGAUGGCCUCGUUAAUCAGGUAAACCCUCGUCUGGAUGGUUGUAUGAAGGAGUGGCGCUGGCUGACGGGUGAAGACACUUCCAUUCAAGAAACCAUCCGGUCCAAUGACAACAUGCAGUGUUUCAGCGCCGAGGUUCCUGGAUCAUAUUACCCCGGCACAGGCUUCGCUCUCUUCAACAUCAGUUAUGGAUCAGAGAACCUGAGCAUCAAAUUAAUCCUGCGUCCAACCUCUGCAAUUGGAGUACUUUUUGCACUGAUUCACCAGGACAGAGUUCCUCUCUCCAUUGCUCUGGCUGACUAUCACCCCAGCACAGAUGAAUGGCGAGAUUUUCUUCUGGUAUCUGUAGAUGAUUCCGUCGUCGCCAGCUCUCCGGCUCCGCUGUGUGAUGGUGAAAGUCAUGAAAUCGAGGUGACAGUCUUAGGCAACCAAACCAAGCUGCUGAUCGAUGGCCAGCCUGGACGAAGUGAAGACAGAGAAAUUCCUUUUGACCUCUUUUCUCAAUCCACCACCUUCAUAGGAGGCCUCCCCGAUGUUCCUCUGGUGUCCACACUGGUGUCAGCACACUACAGCGGCUGUAUGGAGGUCAGUGUAAAUGGGCAGUCUCUGGACUUGGACCGAGCUGUUCACAAACACAAUGAUAUCCGCUCACACUCAUGCCCUCUGCUGGACUCUCGCCUGUGAUCAGUGCAUCAGUCUACCAAAGCCAAUCCAUAAGCAGUUCACUGAGGCAAUGGAAAUGAUUUCCACUGUAUUUAUAAAUUUAGAUUGGAAUGUAAAAAAAUAGACCAAGUAUUGUGUUGCAGCUGAAGCCUUAGCCCAAGAUCACCUUGUCCUUUUACUGUGAUGACACUGCUGCCAAGAGGCGCUUGCAGGGAUUUUCACAGUACUGUAAAUCAGCAGGCUAGUUACAUCACCAAUGGGCAACAUCUCUGUAAUAGGCAGAAGAUAUAGGAAUAAAUGCUGCACAACAUUGCCUCAAAAUCCUUGUAUGCCACACAGGGCCUUAUCCGGAUCAGUGUUAAAAGGUUGGUCUUGGGUCAGCCUACUAUGCCUGGCAUCCUGUAAAUGCAGAUCUGAUUGGAACUGUGUAGGGAGAGUGACAUUUCACUGCAGCUUCUCAGCUGAUGGUGCUGUGGUCAUGUCGCUUGCAUCCCGUUCACCUAAGGCCCACGUUCACAAAGAAGUUGAUGAAAUGAAAAAUUGGGACCAGAUAAACAGGCCUACAUCAGCCAAAAAGGUGCACAGAUCUUCAUGAGUAUUUGGUGUAUAAUGAUUUGGAGGGUUACUAGGAACUAAUUUUUUAUUUUAUUUUUUUUUGCUCCUAACAAGCUGAAUCCCCUCUGUCAGCAUGCUGGUGUUUUGUUAGGCACCACUUUGUGUUCUGAAGAAAACCUUGCACAUUGUUGCAGGUAGAAAUGGACCAUUUUCUUGAUUUCUUCUUGACUAAAGCAGCACUCCAUGUCUGCCUGCAACCUUAAAAAUCAGCCACGUGCCUACCGAAAACAACCAACCCAAACGUCUUGACAGCGUCCCUCCAAACAGGUGAAUCAUUUCACAAAGGUGCAGUACUGUAACACAAACAGAGCUAGUCCUUUUCCUAAAGAAAUGUUGUAGUUAAUACACCAUGUUAUUAUACUUUGUUAAAGACAUGACUCACACCCUGAUUAUCAGUAAUCUCCAAUCAGUAACUUUGUCACAAAGGCCCCUUCUUUCUCUCAGAAUCGCCCAUUUACAGCCAAUACCUGCCAUUUACCAAUCUGAGGAUGAUAGAUUAGUCACUGAAGCACAGGGAGACAGGAAGGGGCCCUCCCUUUGAAGGAGGGAGAGCACUGCAUGGAUCGCACCACACAAGCUACUGAGAGUAAAAAGAGUGCGCUGUAAUAUACUGAAUAUGUAAAUAAUGUGACUGUACAAUGCUUUAUAGAAGACUGAAAACGAACAGUACUCGAUGCUCACUGAGGUUUUCUGCAGACUUAAGUUGAUUCAAAGGUGAACGAUAAUCUGAGUCCGUCAACUUCAUCUGCCUAAAAAUGUUUGAGCGACAGAUUCAUGGUUCUUCUCUUUAAAUGGGGAUUUGGAGACUAUGAGAGCAAAAGCUGGGGAUCCAAGUGUCAUAACUCUUUAGAGAAUCAGUUUUUAAAUUUGAUUUUAUAGGUGCUGAGAAAAUCAAAACACAAUAUAAACAAGGAAUGUCAGAGGAGCAUUGUGAUUGAGAAAGCCAGAAGGGCUCCAGUGUUAUGUUACAUCCUUCUGCAAUGUGUCAUUUUCUAGUUUUCUGAUGAAUGAAUGGCAGAAUAUAGAAAUUGGUGUGUUGUUUUUUUUUGUUUGUUUUUGUUUUUUUAUCAUAUACGUUGUAUAUUGAAAUACUCCUUAGUUUUUAUUUUUAUCUUUGACUGCCAGUAUGUGUUCAGAGCUGAUAGGUCUUUUUGAGUUUUAUUUUCCCUCAACAGUGAAAAUCCUAUUUAAA